AUGAGUAUAUAUUUUAAACGUUUGAAUAUUGCCGUAACACGGCCUUACAGUCGUUCACUGUUUACAUCGGCAGAAAGGAAACCAAAUUACCCCGGUCAUGUUCCAUUGUCUCCUUUACAAAGAAUCUUUCUUGUUGCUGGUUCUGCAAUAAUGGGGUUGAAGGCACCCUGGCGAGGAGACAUGAUUUCCAUAUUAGGAGACUCAUCUGGUCAGCCAUUUUUCUUACGACGUUUGCUGAAUCAAAUGCUUGCUGAUGAAACAGGCCGCCAUAUUUUAAUGGAAAAACCUCGUAUAAGUUCAAAGUCCUUAAAUCUUCCAUUUUUAAGGACACUUCCAUUAAACACAUUAGGACGUAUAUACGUUGACUGGAUUGACAGAGAACAUGUAAGCCCUGACACUCGUUCCCCCACACGAUAUGUAGAUGAUCCAGAAGAAGCAUACGUUAUGCAAAGAUACCGUGAGUGCCAUGACUUCUAUCAUGCACUUUGCCAUAUGCCUACAAACAUUGAAGGAGAACUCGCUAUAAAAUGGCUCGAAUUUGUUAACAUGGGCUUACCUGUCGGUGCUUUAUCUGCUUUGUUUGGUCCUCUUCGGUUAAAUUAUAGCCAGGCAGCUGCAUUUCGUAAAAAUUACAUUCCAUGGGCUGUCCGUAAUGGGCUUGUCGCUAAAACAUUAAUAAAUGUCUAUUGGGAGAAAGAACUCACCCAAGACAUUAAUGAGGUCCGAAAAAAAAUUGGAAUUGAAGCAGCUCCUGCUUUGCAUUAA